CCUAUUAACGGUUCAUUGCUUCAUAUGUACGGCUCAUCGCCGUUCUGUUUUUCUUUAACCAGCGAAUUGUAAGAUGGAAAUCAUAAAAGGUAAAAGAGAAGGAACUAUAAAGUAUAUACAUGAAGGUUAUACUUAUCAUUUAGAUAAACGUAAUAAUAUUUAUCGUUGCGCUAAUCGAAGAUUAGCAAAAUGUAACGCUUGUUUAAUGAAGAAAAAUGAUAAUUUUAUUAUCAAACAUUUCACAAUCAUGAAGAGAAUCCAGAACUCAUCGAUAUUAUAAAGAUGAAAAAUGACAUGUUAGAUAUGUCAAAAGAAACUGGUUUGCGACCAAAAGAAAUAUUUGAUUUUGUUUGUCGAAGUAAUCCACUUGUGGGUUCACAUAUUACGUAUUCAUCAAUGAGAACAAUUCUACAUCGAACAAGAAUGAGUUCUUUUCCUCCUAUACCAAAUUCUAUGGAAAAAUUAAAAGAUUGUUUGCUCAAUUAUGAGUCAUUAAAAGAUACGUAUAAAGGAGAUGUUACAUCUACUAAUAAUGAAAUGGCCAUUAUCUUCAGUACAAAUGUUUUAUUAGAUGCAUUAUCAGCAUCUACAGAAAUAUAUGUAGAUGGAACAUUUUCUGUAGUUCCACAAUUUCCACUUAUUUCACAAUUAUAUACUAUACAUAUUCGUUACAUGGAAACAAGCAUUGCUGCAGUGUAUAUCUUGUGCGAAAAACGUACCACAUCUAUGUAUAACGCUAUUUGGAAAAAGAUUAAAGAAUUAGCUCCUGAUCUUGAAAAAAAUCUAGAGUUUAUAAUGUCGAACUAUGAAGUAGCAGCAAUCUCAUCAAUGAAUGACAGUUUUCCUCAAUCGAAAAUUCAUGAUUGCUGGUUUCAUUUUAACCAGGCUAUUUUGCGUAAAUGGCGUCGAUUAGGCCUUAUAGAAGCUUCAUCAGAUUUAUUGAGCAUUUCAAUGAAUAUACCUUUAUUACCGGCUAAUUUAUUUCCAAAUGCCUAUGUCAUAAUGGAAAGUGUUGCUAAUUCUUUAUAUUCGCAAUAUCCUAAUAUAUUAAAGUUUCUGAAAUAUAUGUCCGAUAAUUGGUUAUCAAAAGCGGAAAAUGUUAGUACUUUUGGUUGCCCUGUAAGAACGAACAAUAGUGUAGAAAGUUUCCAUAAAAUAGCUGCACAAAAACUUCGGAAACCACAUUCAAAUGUAUGGAUAUUUUUAGAAAAUUUGAAAAAUUUAAUUAUCGAUCAAGAAAUAGAUUUCUCACGUGUUCAAGAAGGUUUAAACCCUCGACGUAUACAUAUGCGUGCAAAUCGGGAAAGAAAUACAAAAAUUGUGAACGCACAAACUGCUCUCAUAGAAGGAAGGUUACCUCUUCAGCAAUUUUUAUACAUGUUUCGAGCAUUUAACAAGCAAUAUUUACAUCAAACAGAAAAAGAAAAUUUUAAAGAUAGUACUGAAAAUGAAAAUAAAUACUCGUCCGAAGAAGAAAAAUUAGAUGAAAUUCGUGAUGAAGACAUUUAUGGUAUCCCUUCAGACGAUUAUGGCGAUAUAUUUUCGGAUGAAAGUAAUGAAAAUAUAAAUAUUCCGUAUCAUCCAGUGCAACAAUUCAAUGACAUAAGUACACCUGAUUGCUGUUGUAUUUGUUUAGUUGAAAAAGCAGAUCAUAUAUUUGUCUCGUGUGGCCAUUUAUGUUGUUGUUCAGAUUGUAUCUUGAAGUUGCAAUCUAAAAAAUGUCCUAUUUGCAAUACAAAUUAUACGUCAUAUUUAAAAGUAAGAAUUCCAUGAAAAAAGCAAACCAAAUGAAAUAUUCAGUAUUAAUAUUAGUAAUUUUAUAAGAGCUUUCAGACAAAGAAUUUUAAAACUUAUGUUUAGUAAGAAUUUCUUUAAUUAUAAAAAUAUUU